AUGAACGUCUCUUCGAUCCCAGCUUCAGCAUGUGCUGCGAGUGCCAUCGCAUAUCCCACGGUAUUCGGUGCUGAGAUCCUGAAUCUUUCAGCCAAUCUUGUUCUGAACUAUUCCUCCGAAGUAUCAGACCAGUACUAUUUCAACAAUCCUUCCAUUAGUGUGAGAAACAUUGACUACUGCAACGUCACUGUCACAUAUACGCAUCCCGGUCAGAAUGACACAAUCAAUGUUGAGACAUGGCUUCCAAUGAAAGAUUGGAACGGACGGCUUCAGGCUACUGGAGGUGGCGGCUAUGUGGCUGGUCGGUUCUUUCUGUCAUAUACUGCUAUGGCUGGAGCUCUCGGAAACGGCUAUGUUGCAACCACUACCGACGGCGAACUCAUCAAAGAGUUCUACGGCCGGCCUGCAGAGUACUCAUAUUUUACAGGUUGUUCACAAGGUGGUCGCCAAGGAAUGAUGCUUGCCCAGCGCUAUCCAGAAGCGUAUGAUGGCAUUGCCGCGGCGGCCCCAGCUUUUAACUGGGCUCGUCUCUUUCCUGCGCUUGCCUGGCCACAGGUCAUGAUGGAGCUCACCGGGCAAUUUCCCCAGAAAUGUGAAUUAGACGCGGUUACAGCUGGUGCUAUUGCAACUUGCGAUCCACAGGAUGGCGUCACCGACGGCAUCAUUAGUGACCCUGCUGCCUGCUCCUUCGAUCCCUUCUCCAUGGUUGGUAGGAUUAUUAACUGCGAUAACGAAGCUAGCACGAUCAGCAACGCAGCUGCCGCUAUCGCCAACCUUACCUGGACAGGGCCCCGAAAAGCCAAUGGAGAUUUCCUCUAUUACGGAUCGCCUGCUGGACUCGGAGAAGCCUGGCUGAAAUUCAUGGUCAAGAAGGAUCCUAAUUGGAACUAUUCUAAGAUCACUUCAGUUGGGGAGUACGCACGUCUGUUUCAGGCUUCUGCCCAGGAGUUUGACUCGAUUUUCGGGACAUUUGAUACUGACCUCUCUGCAUUUCGUGAUGCGGGCGGCAAAAUGAUUACUUAUCAUGGCACGGCCGACGGUCUUAUCCUUAGACAAGGAACCAACGAAUACUACGAUCGUGCCACAGAGCAGACACCAAAUAUCAAGGACUUCUUCCGCUAUUUCGAAGUCCCAGGAUUAGCGCACUGUGCUGGUGGAGUGGGAGGACAGCCAACAGCGACGUUCCAAGCGCUGGUCGACUGGGUAGAAAAAGGCGUCGCUCCGGACACGCUGCCGAUCAACUUCAAGGAUACAAAUGGGACGCAGUAUGAGAGGAUUUUGUGCCCUUAUCCGGAGAAGGCGCAACUUGUGUCUGCCGAUUUGGAUGUGACAAAGGCGGAGUCUUAUAAAUGCGGAUUGUAA